AUUGCAGUUAUGAAUGACUGCAACAUCCUUUGGAUCAACAAAAGCACAAACUUAUUGGACAGUAUAACAGACAGAGAGAGGAAUUAUACAAUGCAAAUGACCCAAGAGUUUCUCGAGUAUCAUCCCAAUGGAGACAGUGGUGCCGGGCCUAUAUCUGACAACUACAUGUUCACUCCUAAUGGAUCGGCCCUUCCAGUAGCAAAAUCUGUAGGACUGGAAAUUGUCACAGGAAAACUGGUGACUGAAAUCAGACAGUUUUUUUUACAGUCAUGUACGUGCAGAAAGCUACAACUAUACAAUCAUCUCCAGAAUCUACAAUGUCCCUCAUGGUUAUGAUAAAUCUCUCCUGUGCCGGUAUAUUGAACAGCAGUACAGAGUUGGGCCUUUGGAAGUUAACCGGGAAGCAGUAAUCAGAACACAAACAAGUCUCCCGACCAACAAAAGGAUCUAUACUGAUAACAACGGAUACCAAAUGCAAAAAAGGGAUUUCAAAGCCUACAAAAACAACACAGUGGCCAGGAAUUAUUACCCAAUGGUUCGUAUGGCUUAUAUAGAGGAUGAGAACACAAGACUAGUCAUUAUGGCUGAGCGAUCACAUGGAGUCUCCAGUCUGGAAAAUGGCCAAGUGGAGAUCAUGCUGCAUAGGAGACUGUGGAAUAACCUGGAAUGGGACUUGAAUUACAAUCUGACUUUAAAUGACACUUCUGUAGUAAGACCAACUCUUUGGCUUCUGAUGGGAUCAAAGACCGUAACCACUUCUAUGUACCAGAGAUUGGGCCUGUCUCUAGAACAUAGGCCGCUGGUCAUGUUUAUUGCUUUUAAAGGAAAAUCAUCAACUGAAAAAAUGCCAUCUGUCCCCAUUGUAUUACCACCCAACAUUCACCUUCAGAUCCUCAGUGUUCCUGGCUGGAGGUAUUCUUCAAACCACACAGAGCAUAUACACAACUUCUACAAAGGUAAUAAACAGAAAACUGCUGCAGAUUUUCAUCGAGUACUUCUUAGGAUUCAGCACCUCUAUGAGGCUGAUGAAGACCCAGUUCUCUCCAAACCAGCUAGUGUUAACCUCAAGUCUCUUUUAAAAGGAUUGGGUGAUGUGACAUUUGUGGAAGAGCGUUCGCUUACUGGAACUUGGCAUCUAAACACCAUGGAGAGAUGGCAAUGGAAAACCACACAGCGCACGAUGAAGACCAAAGAUCAAAUGCAACCUGCAAAGACCCUAGAAGACUUUGUUCUUACUGUAGAACCAAAGGAAAUAAGAACUUUAUUUGUGUAUUUUCGGUAA